AUGGGCGUCUUGGGAAAAAGAUGGUUUCAAGCUUUUGCGCUAAACAGAGCCACAUUGGAGUUGGACAACAUUCCCUCCCUGGAGUCGCGUGCAUCAAAUGAGAGCUUUGGUGUAUUGCCAUCAGAGUCCACCAUUCAUUGGGACUUUUACUCCAAGAUCGAUAGUGCAGAAGUGACGGAGGGCCUGCGCAGGAUUCUUGGUAAAGUCUUCAGUCGUGAGGAGCUGUGCGACUACACAAGCCACAGUUUGAAAUCCACAUUGCUGACAUACCUACAAAAGCAUGGAUGCGACUACACGUACAGUGAGUUGUUGGGAUACCAAUUGACACAGCGCAAGAGCGCUUUGAACUACCAAAGAGACGCCCUUGCUGACCCGAUUCGUUUCUUGACCCUCCUCUUGGAUAAGAUUAAAGUUGGGUCUUUUUGUCCAGAUGCUGUGAGAGGCGAAGAACUCCCCGCAGAUUGGAAAAGUUCGCUUGGCCAUUUGGAAAGCAGCGCUGGAUGCAACCUCUCGUCUAUUUGUGAGCUUUUCCUUGAGGAGUCAGUGGAUGAAAUGCUGGGACCUGCUGGCAACUCGGACCUUCAGGUGUUGUGGGACUUGCUUUGCCAGGAAGACACUAGCAUGGGCGAGGGCAAGGGCCCAAAAGUUGCCGGAAGGUGUGACGAAGAGACCGUUUUAACGGAGAUCGAGAACGACCAGUCGUGUGAGUCAGACUCCGGGUCAUCUUCAGUUGAAAGUGUAGUUGCAAAGGUUGCAGCUGACAACAUGGGCCAACGGCGUCCUCGAGGUGUUUCGAGCCAUGCAAUCAUGGAAAUGGUUUAUCGCCGCAAGAGGGCAAAGUGUGCAAGCGAACAAGGCAAGAUGUGGAGGAGCGCCAGUGUGGGCACACAUCGUGACGAGGCUGAUUUCGAGGACCGGGCGACCGCCAUAGGCAUCUCCACGGCAGAGCUAGCUCAGUUAAAGGUCCUGAACUACAACACCUUCGGAAGGCUAGCUUUUGCUGCAAACUAUGUGCCAGGGCAAGCGGACGACGCACCACUAAGGUCGCUGGCUGCCUCCAUUGUGGGGAUUGACCCUGCGCCAGCAGAUCGCAUGGCAGUGGUGGGCAGGAUUAGAGUUGAGUCACACCGCUUGAUCGACACGGUCUACCAGAUGGCGGAGGAGGGUCAGUUGAGGUAUGUCAAGUGGGAGGAUUGCGCAAAACGUGACCAGGAGCUGAUGGGUUUCAAAACUGACCCAAUCUGGCGUCCAGAUUCGAACGGCGUCGUCAAGGAGGUCCGGUGGGCUGAAGAUAUGAAGGCAGACUUCACCACAGACUUGAAGCUGCGCUUGGCCUUGCAGAGGCGCUCGUUGGCCUUCGACCAGUCAAGGUUGGUUGAUUAUGAGGAUUUCAAAAAGUGGACCCAGAUACUCAUUGAGGCCUACACGUCAUCUCCUCCAAGUGGCUACGGCAGAAUCAGCUUAGAGCAAGUGCACCGCGCCGACUUGGAGCUCUUCAAGCAUAUGAUGAGGAGCGCAAGGGGUGGCGUCAAAGUGCUGAGUGGAAUUCAGCCUAUGAAGACAGCUUUGCAGCAGGCCAUCGUUGCCCCGGAAGUUCGCCUCUGCCUGCAACCGCUACAAGGUUCAACAAGGCAGCGUGAGUCUCAUGAUGAGGAUGCCAACAAGGUGAAGAAGCUGAAGGCAGCUUCCAGUGACAACGAAGAACGGCUGAAACGUCAGAUCCAGAACCUGCAGGGACAGAUCAAGAAUCUCCAGAGUGGAGGUAGUGCUGGCAAGGGACGUGGAAAAGGAAAGACAAAGAACAAGCUCAUUCGUAUGCCUCUCAUUGGAAUGAGUCCGACUACCGAAGCCGGUGAACCAAUCUGCUUUGAUUUCAAUUUGAGCGGAUGUUCCAAGGCGAAGCCUGGUGACAAGUGUCCGGAAGGAUACCACACCUGCAUGAGGCCUGGGUGCAAUGAGGCUCACAGCCAGAAACAGCGUCCUGGAAAGUGA